GUGGCAAGCCCAUCCGAUAGUACCCCGUUCAUUUUUGCUCGCCCGGGAAUAUGGUAGAGGGUGUGUGCUACUCUUCAGGGGUGGAACCGACUCAGCUUUGGUCGAUCGCAUAUGAAUGUGGUCAGACGAUCCAUGACGCUCGUAUCUCGCAGGGCAGGGUCCGGCCAGGUCUGGCCAAUACGCCGCGUGACCAUAGAGACGAGUUGCUACGAUAUGCCGCACGCUGCGCGGGCUUACGUUCCGCGACAGCACGGCGUCGACAAUUUUUUGCGGGCGCGAACUUCUCGAGGCUUCUUGCAAGGUCUGUGUGACAGCGUCCUGAUUAAGGAAUUAGAGGAUUCAAUCAAACGAUUGCGCGCGGAUUGGUCCCGUCAUUAUGGAACGCCUUGACGCUGAGAAAUUGCCGGCGCUGCCGUUAAACCAAGACGUCCGUUGCUGCUUGGAGAAAUGCCCGCAUAUCUUCGCAGAUGAUAUGAUCUCAUGUGCCGCGGAUGUCCUGAGCUAAGCCGAGGAUGUGCACCUCGAUAGUGGCGCGG